CCCGCUUCGACUCGAAGACGAGAUGCAGCACCAUUCGCGUCCUCCCUACGGCUUUGUGCCUUACCAGGCUGCUGUGUACCACCCCAUGCCCCCCUUGCAUGCUGUGUACCACCCCAUGCCCCCCUUGCAUGCUUUAUCUGGAGUGCCGGUGGCCGCACUGCCCACUAGAGGCUUCUACAACCACCUGCCGCCGCCUCCAUCCCCCCCUGCUGGCUGGAGCAGCUCCAUCUCGUGCAGCGCCCACCCGAAGACACCCCCUUUGGUCCCUCCCAACAACAGCAGUGCUGCCAGGCGCCCUCCCAUCGCCGCAUUCAUGCGGUCACACCAGCGGCAGCCAGCACAGCCACGGGAGGCCAUCGGGCAUGUCGGCCGGGGCCAGCAGGGGUCAUCUGAUAAGGGAGAGGGGACGGGAUUCAUGUUUUCAUGUUGGGGCGGCCAGUGGCACCGCCGGGAGAGGGAGAGGGAGAGGGCGGCGGAGAUUAUCGUUGAGGAGGAGGGUGACGAGGAGGGCACCAUCGCGGUGGAGAAUCUUUUUUGGCGAGCCGGCCAACACCAUUGCAGAGGAGGAGCUAUUCACCGAGCCGGCCGCCGCCACAUUUGCCGCCAGGGGCAAGACGACCAGCACCCCAGUCCAGCAGCCCCGAGGAGACUCGCCGCCACCAUCGCCAGCCCCAACCAGCCGCACUCCACCAUCACCAUCGGCCAUCGGCGAGGCCUCACUCGGCGCCCUCAGCCCACAGCGCGACACCAUUGGCGAGGCUCCACUCGGCACUUUCCGUGCCCAGCACGGACACCCUCAGCCGAGUGACGAGAAGCCACACCAGCCAGAAGCAGCAGUAGCCGAGGCACACUGCCCGGAGACGCCCCCACCACCACCAGGCGGCGACUCGCCGUCGUCGACCGACGACGCCCAAGGCAGUCCCGCUACCGACAGCGACGCGUCGCCCCCUGAGGCGCCGCUCCCUCCCGUCCCGCCAGCUCUCACCGAAGGCGACUCUCUGCAGUGCGACGGCGAGUCGUCCUUCGAGUGCGGACGGCAGCUGGCGGGGGGCAGGGGGGAGUGCACAGUCUUAGAGGGGCGCUUCACCAGAGGGGAGGUGACGCUGCCGGCGGUGCUGAAGCACAUCAGCGCCGACCAGCGCAAGGAGGGCAGCGAGAGGGCGGUGCAUCUGCAGGGGUGUCUGAGGGAGGAGGCCGAGAGGAUGACGGAUGCACUCGCCACCGUCAGGGCCGUCGCCCAGUACCGCAUCGACGAGCUGUUCGACCAGAUCCAGCAGCCGACGGGCAGGGCGGUCAUCGCGCCUGACCUGCUGGUCUUCGCGGAGGACCUCGAGCAGCUGCGGCCGGUAGUGUCGGGCAGCGGCGAGCGGCUGUGUGGGGGAGGCGCGUGCCUAAUUAUGAGUAAAGUUGGCAAUGGUGAGUUCAACACACGCACACACGCCCACCCAGCCCCCCAUUUUGCAUGGGUCUUCUUCCUUGUGUGUGUGUGUGCAGGCCAGUCACUGUCUAGGUUUCUUUUGAAGACGCCCCGACCGCUGCUGAAGCCCGUGAUCGCCGUGAACCUCAUCAAAGUCCUCCACGCCCUCCAUGAGGCCGGCAUCGUCCACAAUGACCUCCACCGAGCUAAUGUGAUGCUGCUGGACGAAUCGACUGGCGAGCUGGCCCUGAUCGAUUUCGAGACGAGCCGGAACAUGGCCCACCAGCACCAUACCAAGCUCGCCAGUCGCCCCUGCCAGCCCUGCAUCACCCUGCACAACCUGCGGGCCAUCAUGGAUGGGCGAGCGACGAUGUCAACCUGCCCGGACGAGAGCAUCUCGUACGAAUCCGACAUCGUCUGCGUCGCCAACACCGUCCUCUGGCUGGCCCUCGACAACGUGUACGCCGCAGGCAUGGCCUAUAUGUCGGCCUUCAAGGCCAUCGAGGGCCUCAUGCAGGCGGUGGCGGACGGCCGGCUCACCGACAUGGAGGCGGUGGCGGACGCCUAUGUGGAGGCGGUGGAGAAGGUUCACCAGGAGGUCAGCGGCAGGCUGCUGCGCGGCGACAGCUCCCUGACGGACGCCACCAGGCCACUGGCUCGCAGGGCUAUCGACGUGUACCGAGCGGUGUGCGUCGGCCACGCCAGGGGCCUGUCGGCGGCGGAGCUGAGGGGUUUGCUGGGCGCCUACGCUGACGAGACCAUCACCGGUCAGGCAUUAGCUAUUGUCUACAUGAGCACAGGAGACAUGGGCGAAGUGUUGUCUGUGUCCCUGUCUGUUUGUUGUGUGCGUCCAUGGAAUGCAGAGGUUCUCAGGAUUGUCGCCACUGCCCCACCCCCGAAGGAGGCCCCGCCUGACGACGAUGACGAUAGCGAUGAGGAGGAUGACGAGUAGUGAGUCCCGCAUGUCGAUGCCUAGUGUGUAGAAGGGUGGCCCACAGAUGGGGCAGGAGC